AGUAAAACUGACAACAGCGGGCUCCAGGAGGUUGAAGACGAGACACAGAGCACAGCAGGCAGCAGCAGCGGCGGAAAAACCCUCGCGCCGCGGCGGACGCUCGGCCACUGCCGCCGCCCGGCGACCGCCGCCGGUCCGAUCCCGUCGAAACUGAACUGCUCCCCACCCGAUCCGAGCGGUCGUGGCGUCGGCAUGGCGCGGUUCGAGGUGAACGGCAAGUCGGUGCAGGGCGUUGACCUGCUGCGGCGGCGUCACUGGACGGCGCGCCUAGACUUCUGGCCCUUCCUCGCGCUCUACGCGCUCUGGAUGCUGCUCGCCGUCCCGGCGCUCGACUUCACCGACGCCCUCGUCAUCCUCGGUGUGCUAUCCGCCUCACACAUCCUCGCCUUCCUCUUCACCGCUUGGUCCGUCGAUUUCCGGGCACUCGUCGGCCACUCCAAGGCGAGACACUUCUCUCCCACACAGUCGAACAUUACCUACAAUCUGUUUGGUUCGCUUUACUCCAUUGGGUUGAACAUCUUACUCUCGUGGACGCUUCAGGUGAAGGAUAUCCAUGCCGCGAAUGCGUGCAAAGUAACCCCCGCGAAGUUCUUGGGGUCGAAGGAGAUUGUGCCCCUGCAUAUACAGAAAACUGUGGCCUCGUCGUCGGCUUCAGGCGAGGCAGAGGAAAUCUACUUUGAUUUCCGGAAGCAGAGGUUCUUCUACUCUGCAGAGAAGGAUAACUUCUUCAAACUCCGGUACCCGACAAAGGACUUGUUUGGGCAUUAUGUCAAGGGCACAGGGUAUGGGACAGAUGCCAAGAUUAACACCGCUGUGGAUAAGUGGGGGAGAAACAUAUUUGAGUACCCACAGCCUACAUUUCAGAAAUUAAUGAAGGAGCAAUGCAUGGAACCAUUUUUUGUUUUCCAGGUCUUUUGUGUUGGUCUUUGGUGUCUGGAUGAGUAUUGGUACUACAGUUUGUUUACUCUUUUCAUGCUUUUCCUGUUUGAGUCUACUAUGGCAAAAAAUAGAUUGAAGACAUUGACUGAACUAAGGCGUGUGAAAGUUGAUAAUCAGAUUGUGUUGACUCACCGCUGUGGAAAAUGGGUUAAAAUCCCAGGGACAGAACUAUUACCUGGAGAUAUUGUUUCAAUUGGUCGCUCACCUAGUGGGGAAGAUAGAUCUGUACCAGCAGAUAUGCUAUUGCUGGCUGGAUCCGCAAUAGUAAAUGAAGCUAUUCUUACAGGAGAGUCUACUCCACAGUGGAAGGUAUCGGUUGCUGGUCGUGGCCCAGAAGACAUGUUAUCGGUAAAGCGAGAUAAGAAUCAUAUCCUAUUUGGUGGCACUAAGAUACUGCAACACACGCCGGAUAAGUCUGUAAAUCUUCGAGCACCUGAUGGUGGUUGCGUAGCUUUUGUAUUGAGGACUGGAUUUGAGACUAGCCAGGGCAAAUUGAUGAGAACGAUCUUAUUUUCAACUGAGAGGGUUACUGCAAAUAGCAAGGAAAGUGGCCUGUUUAUACUAUUUUUACUUUUCUUUGCAAUAAUUGCAUCAGGUUAUGUGCUUAUGAAGGGACUAGAGGAUCCAACAAGGAGCAGAUAUAAACUUUUCUUAAGUUGUUCAUUGAUUCUUACUUCUGUCAUACCGCCUGAACUGCCAAUGGAGCUGUCCAUAGCGGUUAAUACAUCUUUAAUUGCUUUAGUACGGCGUGGUAUUUUCUGCACAGAACCAUUCAGAAUACCAUUUGCUGGGAAGGUUGACAUAUGCUGCUUCGACAAGACUGGGACAUUGACAUCAGAUGAUAUGGAAUUCCAAGGUGUUGUUAGUUUGGAAGGCGACGAAGAAUUGAUAUCUGAUGCAAAUAAGUUGCCUCUCCGCAUUCAAGAAGUUCUCUCCAGUUGCCAUGCACUGGUAUUUGUAGAUAACAAACUGGUUGGUGACCCCCUUGAAAAAGCUGCAAUAAAGGGCAUAGAGUGGAUCUACACCUCUGAUGAGAAGGCCAUGGCCAAGAGACCUGGUGUUCAACCUGUUCAGAUUGUACACAGAUAUCACUUUGCUUCUCACUUGAAGCGAAUGUCUGUCAUUGUCCGUAUUCAGGAGAAAUUUUAUGCUUUUAUAAAGGGUGCACCAGAGACCAUCCAAGAGAGGCUAGUUGAUGUACCUGCUGCAUACGUCGAAACAUACAAAAAAUACACGCGGCAGGGUUCUCGGGUCUUGUCUCUUGCAUACAAACUACUUCCGGAGAUGCCUGUUAGUGAAGCUAGAAGUCUGGAAAGGGAUCAAGUAGAGAAUGACUUAACUUUUGCUGGUUUUGCGGUCUUUAACUGUCCAAUAAGGAAUGACUCUGGUGCUGUGUUGCUUGAACUGGAACAAUCUUCCCAUGACUUGGUUAUGAUCACUGGAGACCAAGCGUUGACUGCUUGCCAUGUUGCUAGCCAAGUGAAUAUUUGUUCCAAACCGAUUCUAAUUUUAACACGGAUGAAGACUAGUAGUUUUGAGUGGGUUUCCCCUGAUGAAAUAGACAGAGCUCCAUACAGUGCUGAGCAGGUUGCAGCUUUAUCGGAAUCCCAUGAUCUUUGCGUUAGUGGGGACUGCUUUGAAAUGCUGCAAAGGACUGAGGCUGUUCUCCAAGUCAUUCCUCAUGUGAAGGUUUUUGCACGUGUUGCUCCAGAACAGAAAGAACUUGUACUAACUACAUUCAAAACUGUUGGGAGGAUGACACUGAUGUGUGGGGACGGAACCAAUGAUGUUGGUGCACUAAAACAGGCACAUGUUGGAAUAGCUCUGUUGAAUGCUGAGCCGGUGCAGAAAGCAGACUCGAAAUCGCAGUCAUCCAAAUCUGAAAACAAAUCAGGGAAGUUGAAAAAACCAAAACCCGUUAGUGAACCAUCAUCUCAAUUGGUCCCACCAGUUAGCAACUCUGCUAAAGCAUCCAGCAGCCGCCCCUUGACCGCUGCUGAGAGGCAGCGAGAAAAGCUGCAGAAGAUGUUAGACGAAAUGAAUGACGAAAGUGAUGGCCGUUCAGCACCAAUCGUGAAGCUUGGGGAUGCUUCCAUGGCUUCCCCAUUCACAGCAAAACAUGCCUCUGUUGCUCCCACGCUUGAUAUCAUUCGCCAGGGGAGAAGUACCCUAGUCACUACCCUCCAAAUGUUCAAGAUUCUUGGACUCAACUGCCUUGCAACAGCAUACGUUCUCAGUGUUAUGUACUUGGAUGGGGUCAAACUGGGUGAUGUUCAAGCUACAAUUAGCGGUGUCUUCACUGCAGCUUUCUUCCUCUUCAUUUCCCAUGCACGCCCGCUUCAAGCACUGUCUGCAGAGCGCCCCCAUCCGAACAUAUUCUGUGCAUAUGUCUUCCUUUCCAUUCUGGGCCAGUUCGCCAUGCACUUGUUCUUUUUGAUGUCAGCCGUGAACGAAGCAUCCAAGUAUAUGCCAGAAGAAUGCAUUGAACCUGAUUCAGACUUCCACCCAAACCUUGUCAACACAGUUUCAUACAUGGUGAACAUGAUGAUCCAGGUGGCAACCUUUGCUGUAAACUACAUGGGCCACCCAUUUAACCAGAGUAUAUCAGAGAACAAGCCAUUCAAGUAUGCUCUCUAUGCUGCUGUUGCUUUCUUCACAGUGAUCACAUCAGACAUGUUCAGGGAUCUGAAUGACUAUAUGAAGCUUGAACCCUUGCCUGAAGGAAUGAGGGGCAAACUGAUGCUUUGGGCUACCCUUAUGUUUUGCGGUUGCUACGGAUGGGAGCGAUUUUUGCGAUGGGCAUUCCCAGGCAAGAUGCCUGCCUGGGAGAAGCGCCAGAAAAAGGCAGUUGCGAACAUAGACAAAAAGCAAAUAUAGGAUCUUGUAUUCUUUUUCUUCCAUCACUGUUUACCUUUCACUGCCCAUUCCUCAUCUGUCAGCGACCUUGUCACUAGUCAACUGAUCAUGAUUUGGCAUAGUUGCACUCUAGUAUGUAGCUUAGGAGAAUUUUGUCAGACUAAGCGCUAUUUGUAGGAGGAUACAGGGCCAUUACCCCCCUAUAUGGUUCUCAACAUACACGCCUGGUGUGGAGGCUAAGAGUUUUCAGUUUCUGUACCUUUCUGUUAAUGAUGACUAACAUGGAUGUCAUUAAAUGGAACACAAUGAUUUAUGCUGUUUCUACUGUUGCGAGGUACACUAUGUUAUAUCCAAA